AACUACUCGGCGGAAAUGGAACGGUUGGCAUUUGAUUGGGUGAGACGCUGUCGAAACGAACAUCCUGACCCUGAAAUUUACCCGCAAUUCAAGGGAACCGGCCAAAACCUAGCACUUAUGCAAAUCGACUCACCUGAUUGGGUGACGAUGGCUCAGAUUUGGUACGAUGAAAUGGUGUGGGCGACAUCGCAUGAAGUUGGCUGCGCAGCUUAUCGAUGCGACUCACUUAAUCCUGAAUGGAACCCUCCAGCUUACCUUCUGGCCUGCCAGUACAAGCCACAAGGAAAUUUCGUCGGAACUAGGCCGUAUGAAAGUGGACGCAGUUGCAGUAGAUGCCCUGAGGGGUCGGUGUGUGAGCGUAACCUAUGCGUGACGAGACCUCCCGAUACCCACGAGAGACCAGCUGAUUCAGAAAAUCCAACUGAUUCAGAAAAGCCAAUUGACAGAACUCGUCCAUCUGCGAGAUGUCUACCUCGUCGACUUGGCCGCGCUCCACUUGAUCCUUAA